ACCAAGUAAAGGUAUUUUUAAAAAGAUUAACUGUUACCUUAUGUGUAGAACAGGGAAGAGUGGAAACAAAGAGGAAAAUGAGUUCGAUGUCAAGAAUUUUGUUUUUUGUUCAGGUUUGCGUUUUGUUGUUCGAAGUUCAUGCAAACGAAGUCAAUGUAGAUUGUUAUCCGAACAAUACCGUCAUUGUAUCGAACCCGGCACCUGCGUCCCUCCAUUAUGGACUUGCAUCGGACUCGGACGCGCAAUGUAACCUGACCUUCUCAAGCAACUAUAGUCUUAUUACUUUGACUGGCUGUUCCAAGAAUGAUACUAUAGUGGUACAACUGGCAGAUGUUGAGUUUACCAGUGUUGUAAUUGGUGGUUUGGACAAAGUUCUGGUCAGGAUAAUAUGUCAGGAAAUAGAGCAGGGUCUUGAAAGAAACAUCACACAGAUUCUCGGCUCGAGUUUGGUCAUGGAAGACAUUGCCAGCGUGGAAACGUCGUUUCAAGGCUUCAGCUCUAUUCGGAAUAACUCGGCCACCGAUCCGCCGAUGACAGCAGUAAGGCUAUCUGAACCAGUAUUCUUCACAUAUGAUUUGUAUGAGGGGUACGUAAUGCGGUUUCUGCAAUGUACAGCAUAUCCUGGAAAAGACACCACCGAGUUUAAUAUCAGCCAUAAACUUAUUGAGAAUGACUGCACAGUAGAUGUAAACCAAAUGAACAGUUUCGCCCCAAAUAAAAUCGUAAUCGUCGACAAGCAUACCCGCUACUAUACAGAAUUAUCGAUGUUCAGAUUCUGGGUAUCUUUUUAUCUGACGAUUGCUUGUGACGUCAUGAUCUGCCGUGCAGACAGUAGCGCCCCGUGCGACAUGGCUACUUGUGCCAACACCAGGCGCCGGAGAGAAACAGAAGAUAUCAAUGAUAAAGAUGUUCAACAUGUAACUACAAGGUCCACUUUCCAAGUUCUUGAUACACUGGACUACAUUAUUUUCCCUUUUGGUGUGUCGUCUGCAAGUACAUCCAUUCUGGUAUCAGGGAUCCCUGCCGUGUGGAUGCUGGUAUGUUUGAGUAUGCUAAGGCUAUGUUUCUAACCACGUGACAGUUGACAUGUCGAUGUUCAUCACGUGACGGUUGACAAUCAAAUACACAUUCUGAAUACAUUGUACUUUUGAAUCGCAAACUUUCUUAUACGACAAAAAUUGUACAUGGCAGAUUUCAUGUAUCACAGACGCAUAGUAGUUAAAUUAAAAUGUUGAAAUAAAAUGUGAAAAUAAGAAGUAAUAUAUUUGUUAUUUAUAGCAGACUA